AAAAAAACGCGGGGGAGAAUUUUAGGUGCUUAACUGUGCUGAACGUCUGCUGCAUUUGAAUCAAGAUUUCCAAAACUAUCCACAAUGAAAACAAACAUGCGGAGAUCUCGAGAGGAGCACAACUACCGAUAGGAUCCCGAAGUUGGGACCUUUUUAUGUCAAGCAAUGAGAGGCUAACAAAGCUGUAGAUUUUGCUGGAGAUUCCUGACCAUUGCUUCUUGGUGGCACACAUUGCAUCCCAUUUCUUCUCACCACAAACCAUCUUCAUCAUCCCACACCCGUAGUCAUCAUGACGACCUCUUCUUUACGGCGGCAGAUGAAGAACAUUGUGAACAACUACACAGAUGCAGAGAUCAAGGUCAGGGAGGCGACCUCCAAUGACCCGUGGGGUCCUCCGACCUCUCUCUUGAUGGAAAUCGCAGACCUGACCUUCAACGUGGUGGCCUUCACCGAGGUCAUGGGCAUCAUCUGGAAGAGGCUCAAUGACCACGGCAAGAACUGGCGGCACGUGUACAAGGCCCUCACUCUGCUGGACUAUCUGAUCAAGUCAGGAUCAGAGCGAGUGGCCCAGCAGUGCAAGGAGAACAUCUACGCCAUCCAGACUCUGCGCGAUUUCCAGUACAUCGACCGGGAAGGGCAGGACCAGGGCAUGGGCGUGCGGGAGAAGUCCAAGCAGAUGGUGGCUCUGCUCAGGGAUGACGAGCGGCUCAAGCAGGAGAGAUCGCAGGCGCACAAGACCCGUGAGCGCGUGACGGGAACCAGCAGUGCCAUGGCUUAUGGAUCUUUACCACCUCCCUAUCCGGGACGUCACACCCCUCAGCCCAGCAUGGAAGCAGUGUAUGGGGAAGAGCAUAGCAGGGUGAGGCACUCACCUUCCUCCUUCAACUCCUCCUCUUCCUCUCCUCAUCUGGCCCCAGAUCUGGAGCGCGCCCGGCCGCAGACGAGCGGAGAGGAGGAACUCCAGUUGCAGCUGGCCUUGGCCAUGAGCCGAGAGGAGAGCGAGAAGCCGGUUCCUGCUGUGGAUAUUGAUGAACAGACGCAGCUUCAGAUCGCUAUGAGCCUCAGUAAGGAGGAGGCGCACAAGCCAGCUCCUCCUCCUGCUGCUGUUCUGGACAUGGAUGAAGAGGCACAGCUUCAGCUGGCUCUCACUCUCAGUAAAGAGGAACAUCAGCAGGAGGAGCGAAGCCGGCAGGGAGAUGAGUCGUUGCUCCAGAAAGCACUUGAGGAGAGCAAACGAGAAAUGGAGGCCAAAGGAGGAAGAUCUGCCAUGCUGGAUCUUGCAGAUAUUUUUGCUCCAGCUCCUGAUGUGCCUUCUUCUGCUGAUUAUUGUUGUUAUUCGUGAGGAGGUAGUGGUUUAUUAGAAGAUGGUGGUCUUAUGUGUCUGUGGGAUAGUCUGGAACCCAGCUCUUUAAGCCGUCAGCAUGGAAGUUCAUGGAUGGCACCACCGGCAUCCAGUGUUCGUUCCCAGCCUUGGCAUCAGCGAACGCCAAAUCCUGACCCAUGGGACGCCCCUCAGAAUGCCCCAAGCCCUGUGUCCAUGAAUCAGACCUGGAUCUCCCCUGCACGUGGAACUGGAGUGGACCCCUUUUCUCCCCUUGUAGGAGACAAACAAGGAUCUAUUGGCCCUCUCAAAACCCCAUCCCCUCGGGCAGGAAGUCCCUCAGAUGACGAUCUUUUUGAUAAGGCUAUGGAUGGAGGUCAGGCAAAUAUAAAUGGUCACAGUAGUCCUGAGCCUUUUGAUAUGUCUUCCCUUGGCGGCGGUCUACCAAAAACAGCUCCUCGAACCUGCAGUACUCCAGAGGCAUUUCUGGGUCCCACCGGAGCUUCACUCGUCAACCUGGAUUCUUUGAUUCCCUCCAACCCUCCUUCCAAGAACUUCAACCCAUUUUUAUCAGGAAUAACUGUUCCAUCGGCCUCUAAUCCAUUCCAACAGGAACCGGCCCGUCUCACACUAAAUCAGAUGCGCCCCAGUUCCACAUCUCCUGUACCCACAUCCCUCCCAUUUAAUGCCUCUCUGCCCAUGGCUUCCAGCAACCAGCCCAGCUCCCUGCCUACUACCUUCACACAGUCUGCGCAGGUCCCGCUGCUGGUCCCCGGACACCUGCCGCAGCCGCUGCUACCCCUGUCUAUGACAUCCACGCUUGGAAAUCCAGACCAACACAAUCAGAACCCAUUCCUAUGAGCAGAUCCAAACAAGCUUCUGAAAUGACAAUUUAACCACCGACUUGACUUAAAACUGGAACACAUUUUUUAAUAUCUUUGCUUAUUUCACAGCUUCCUGGUUUUGCUCUAUGCAGUCACUCGUAAGAGGCGUUCACACAAAUAGUGGUUUCCAGUGACAAAAAUCUGUCAUUUUUAACAAUGGUGAAGCUAUGUGGCCAUAUACAGUGAUGUGACAAAGUUGAGAAAAGUUCAGUAUUAUGCAAAUAAGCAGUCAUGUAAUGUGGAGACCAGUAGACACUGGUGCACAUGUCCUGUGAGAUACUGUAGUGAGUUUCAAUGAGAUGUAGAAGUUUGUUAAAGUCCAGACCCACCAAACUGACAUUGAAGAACUAGUGGCAAAAAAACCCCACAAUAACUUUUGUUAAGUCCCAGACACACCAAGCCAAUGUCAAAGAACUAGCAGUGGUGAAAACCAACUGUGUUGUCUGCGUCUGGACCAAAAAUUUGCGCUUGAACUCAUUACGAAGUGUCUCCACACCAGCAGGUGGCAGUAGUCUGUAUUUAUCGUUCAAAGAAAAAAAAAACUGGAAGAGUUACUACUGUUAAUAUACAAACCUCGAACAAAGGCUUCUGUAUGUGCCCUCCUGACUUUGUCGUUUGCUUGCCUUCAUCACUUUAUUUUUUAUCUCAUGCAUUUCAUAACACGCAAAUAGCCAAAAUCCUCAACGCCAGAAAUUCUGAUGACUAGUCAAGUUAAAUGUAUUUAUAUAGUGCUAUACUGCUUCAAAGCAGCUUCAUGGUUAUAAACAAUAAUAUAACAGUCGUACGUUGUCAAAUUUGUUAAUUCAAAAAUUAAAGGGAUAGUUCACCCAAAAAAAAAAAAUUCUGUCAUUAAUUACUCACCCUCAAGUCGUUCCAAACCCGUU